AAACAAACCAAACAUGGAGUAUUUGGACAUCCUCUCGAGGUUGACGCAAAAUUUUUUCGUCUACGCCGUCCUGAGAGCGGCGCUGAAAAUUCUCGGGCCCCCCGUGCGCAGACUCGGCGCCCGGCUGAUGAUCAGAACCCCCACGCCAGAUUAGAACCCCCCCAAGUCUCAGCCAAAUCGCCAAAUUCGCGAUGCUGGACAAGGACGCCUUCUUGACCAGCCACCGCAGGGACUUCAAGAAGUUCCUGCGGGUUCCUCUGCAGCCCAUCCCCUCUCAACCCCCGAGACGCACCAAGCCCAACAACGCCUACGUGGCCAGGCUGGUGGAGCCUUACUGUCACUGCGACUUUCAUUUGUACGAGCCCGAAAUGGGCAGGUACAUGAAAUUGGUGAGAAAGGAGACCCAGCUGUUGAAGGUCCUUGACCAGAUGUCCAGAAAAAUGGCAAUAUUGAAGAGCAGCAUUUUGGACCAUCCCUGCGACACGGACGACGAUAAAAUGCAAACGUUGCACCAAAUGAGCUACGUUAAGAAAAGUCUUCCGGUACCCAAAUAUCGCAAGUUAAUGGCCGACAUCGAUUCGCCCUUCGGUAUACCGGUGAAGGGCGAGAUAUUGGGCUUGAAGAGGGCCUACAGGGAUCCGUUUAAGUUCAGAUUGAGCUGUUUUCCCAAGCCGGAGGUGCAGCCCGUUCCGUGCGUUACAUUCCAAGCUACUCCCAGUCCGGUCGAUGAAUGGUUCAAAUUGCAAACGGGCACCAGCGAGUACCACGAUACAGUGAACCAUAUGGGGUACGAUUUGAUUAAGAACAGGCAACAAUAUAGGGAACCAUUGAUGACGUCGAGGAGAACGGAGGACGAGCCCUGUCAUUAGAAAAAUUCAAAUUUUUUCAAUAUAAUUUUUCGGUUAAAAAUCAAAUCGAAAUUGCGAU